AUGUCCUCGGGCGUGUCGAUGCCUACCAUUCCGAUAUCAGAAUUGAUCACCCCACUUCUCGAUCCCAGGGCCAUGGAAUUGAGCAGUCCUGAAAUAACCUGUUCCAAUGCACUUACCAUGACCGCCGCAGACCAAAACUAUUUUCGAUAUUUUCCCUCCUCCUCAGUCGUGUUCUAUUAUAUGAAGAACUGGGAAUGGAGUAGCCUCAGGCUUCUAUACAAAGGUCCCGCAGCAACCAACAAGAUAAUAAUGCGCAUGAUGCUCGCUAUCGCAGCGAGUGACAUGCAUCGCCAGAGAAAUUUCUCAUCCGCAGCGGAGAAAGAAGCAACCAAACGACGCGCCCAAUAUCAUUAUGAACUUGCGGUACAAGAAUUCCGCCAAUACCUCGAAGAAUACGGAAACGCUGCCAAUAAUAAUAAUGAUGAUGAUGAUGAUGAGCCCGGAACCGUCGAAAAGGCGCUAGAAUCUGAAUCCGAAAUGAUAUUUUCCGUCAUGUUUCUCAUGAUCACAUAUGAAUGGAAUUUCGGACACUCGGUGAAACAUUUCCAAAUGCAUAUAGAGGGCGUACGGUGUAUGCUCAAAGCGCAUCCGGAGAUCUUUGUGACCAGGAAUAUUGCCGAUACGAUAUUAACGACGGGUCUGAGACCGAAGAAUGUGAUGUCGUUUAUUCCGUCGCAGCUUCUGCUUUGGAUUUUAUAUAUGGAGAUUUCCGGCCAUCCCCGAGGCCUUACGGGGUCUUUAUACAAUACAUUAGUCGAGUCCGGACAUUCUGCACUACAUCCGGAUUACUUACAUCAGUGUGCACGCAUCUGGGGCCGAUGUCUGUGGGCCGAGGAAUACCCCGAGACACAGAUAUUAGACGACAUGGAGAAUCAUAGAGCCCUGGAACUUAAUCACCAUUCUAUCAUCAUCGGGAAUAAGAUCUGGCAGCUAGCUCUGGGGAAUAGCGAUGACCCUUCGAUGACUCCAGACAAAUUGUACGCCGAAAUAAUGAGAAUCCGAGAGCUCUACAGCGACAUGUUCAUAACCGCCAGAUUCACCUCCUCCUCGCUCUUCGCCUACCGCGCCCUAUUCACCAUCUAUCUAUCUGUGUGCGCCUUUGAGGCUCAAAUCCUGUACCACCGACGCAUCUUCUACGCCAAAUCCCGGCCACCAAACGACGUCGAACGCCAAGCCGUCACCACCCUUUUGGAUCUCCUCUACAAACAAUACUCGGUCGAACCAAAACUCCUCCACCGCAUGCCCUGGUCAAUAUUCAUGGUCAUGAUUGAGACCGAAGACCCCAUCCAUCGUGACUGGGCGGAGCAACGGCUCCGAGAAGUGAGGCAUUUGCACGAGGGGAAUGCGUAUAUAAAUACAUUAGUCGAUCUGGUCGUGGAGAGGCAGAGGAUGUAUCCGGAUGAGAUGGUCGAUUUGCUGGACAUUUUGCAGCGGCAGUAUAGUUCAUAG